GGGAAAAUGUCAAAAUGACACGGUUGUAAAAACAGGGCCAGCUUUGUUCCGCUGCGAUUUUCGUUUAUAUAAAUAAACGACCUUCUUCCCUUUUCUCUCCAGUCUCCAUCUCCCAAACGCCCGAAUCUAAGGAACCGUGCAGAUGCAGUCCUCACUCUCUCUCCAGUCACAGCACCUCUCUUUGCCGGGAGGCCACAACAGGAAUCUUCUGACUCGUGGUUUCAGAGUACCGGCCAGAAGUGGCGGUUUCCGGCGGAAACCAGUUUCAGCGGUUGCUGUUCCACUGGCGCGUCCGCAGGUCACCCACUCAAUGCCACCGGAGAAGGUCGACGUAUUCAAAUCACUAGAAGGAUGGGCCAGGACAUCCGUCCUACCGCUAUUAAAGCCCGUGGAGAACUGCUGGCAGCCGCACGAUUUCUUGCCGGACCCCACAUUGCCCACAGAUGAGUUCACGGAUCAGGUCCGAGCCCUGCGCGAGCGGACCUCCGAACUACCCGAUGAGUACUUUGUGGUGCUAGUGGGCGAUAUGAUCACGGAGGACGCGCUGCCCACCUACCAGACCAUGAUCAAUACGCUCGAUGGAGUCCGUGAUGAGACCGGAGCAAGUGCGAGCCCAUGGGCCACGUGGACCCGGGCUUGGACGGCCGAAGAGAAUCGCCACGGUGAUCUUAUCAGAACAUAUCUCUAUUUGUCCGGGAGGGUCGACAUGCUCAUGAUCGAAAGGACCGUGCAGUAUCUAAUUGCCUCAGGCAUGGACCCGGGAACUGAAAACAACCCGUAUUUAGGAUUCGUGUACACGUCGUUCCAAGAGCGGGCCACCUUUGUGUCACAUGGCAACACGGCUCGGAUGGCCAGGGAGGGUGGGGACCCCGUGCUGGCGAAAAUAUGCGGCACGAUCGCAUCGGACGAGAAGAGGCACGAGAACGCGUACCAAAGGAUAGUGGAGAAACUUCUGGAAGUGGACCCCAGCGGAGCAAUGCUGGGAAUUGCGGACAUGAUGCGGAAGAAGAUCACGAUGCCGGCCCACUUGAUGUACGACGGACAGGACCCACGAAUCUUCGAGCACUUCUCGGCGGUGGCUCAGAGAAUGGGAGUGUACACGGCGGAUGACUAUGCGGACAUACUGGAGUUCUUGGUGGGGAGAUGGAAGCUGGAGAAGAUGGAGGGGUUGACGAGCGCAGCGCGAGAGGCGCAGGAUUUUGUGUGCACGCUGGCGCCGAGGAUAAGGAGGCUACAAGAACGGGCGGAUGAGCGGGCUAGGAAGAUGCAACCGCAGAGCGUGAGGUUCAGCUGGAUUUUUAACAAGGAGGUGGCGUUGUAGAAGGAAGAGUUGCACCGUUGCAGCCUCAGCAUGUGGGUUGUUUUUAUGUAACUGUAGUACAAGAAUAUAAAUACAUGUAACGAGCAUAAUGGAAGGGUUCUUUCUUUUUUUCUUUCUUUAGUUGGUUUUUAGUUGCUGAUGCUGUUGGAAAUGCACUUGGAUCAGAAUUGAAUAUAGUUUAACUUGUUUUUGUUAAGAGAC